AUUCGAUGAUCACAUACCUACUAAGUACAUAUUUCGAAAAUCGUUCGGAUUAUUUGAAACUUUUAGAUACACACCGUACUUACAUCCGUUUGGAAGCAAUCAACUUCAGUUUUUCAUUCAGCAGAUCCGAGUAUACGAUUCUAAUAUACAUUUUUUGAAACUUUCCACGUCGAUAGUAAUUUACUUAUGACAAUUGGUUUCUCGAAUCCUGACUGGAAAUAUGAAUCCAUUUUACAUUACAUGGAUAGUACUUUUCGCCCCCUAUUGCUUUAGUCAAAGUGAACCAUCAAAAUUAGCUUUAAAUAAAGAUCCUGAAAAUUUUCCUCCAUUCCACACGUAUCUAAAAACUCACGAAAUGAAAUAUACCUGGAUUAUUCAUCAAUUCAGCCUGCACGAGACAUUCAACACUAGUGAGAUUUUAUCGCCCAUGUUACACGCGCCUACAGCCGAUAGAUGCGAGUGGUACAUUAGAAUUAUUCCUAAUCACAUUGCGGAAGGAAAUGAAACUAUUUGUCUAUGGGUACAUCUAUCCAACAACAGUAUGGUUAGAGAGGCGGUAGCAAUGACCAACAUAUCGAUAAUAAAUGAUAAAAAAGAAGUUUUACAUUUUAGAAAUAAUAUAAUGCCAAGAAAGUUCAUAGCCGGAGCAUCUAGGGGUUGUUGGGGGUGGCCAGACUUUUGCAACAAAGAUGAUUUUUUCAGAAAUCAUUUACUCCAAAACGACACAUUAACGCUGUCAGUCGACAUAAAACGGUUAUCUGAACAAUCAUACGAGGUUGUUCAAAGUAAUACGAGUGCUUCUUCGACCCAUGCUCCAAGUACACCCGAGACCACCAUCACCAAAGCCAGUCCUUCAGAAAACUUGGAAUCGAUGCUGGAAAAUCCGGAAUUCGCUGACGUCGUAUUUAUCACAAAUGGUGGCCACUACCCAGCUCAUAAGAGUAUUUUAGCCGCACGCAGCCCCGUUUUCGCUGCCAUGUUUCGACGCAAAGAUACAAAGAAUGGAAAAAAUAAGAAAAUUCGAAUAAACGUCAGCAAAAACAUGGACGGAGAAGUACUACACGCUAUGCUGAAAUACAUUUACACCGGAAAAUACGAAAAUUUCGAGAAACUAGCGGAAAAACUCUUCGUAGCAGCAGCGAAGUAUGGUUUGGAAGGACUGCAAAAAAUCUGCGAAGAAUCGCUUUGUGAGACUUUGUCAGUUAAGAAUGCAGCAAAGCUGUUGGUAUUUGCCGAAGAACAUCAGGCCGAUAAAUUGAAAUCCAAAGCUAAAGAAGUAAUAGCAAACAGUCAGCUCGGCAGUUGAAUACAACCAGCUAUAGCAACUUGGAAAUCAUGAACAAUAUUGAAAUGCCCGUUUUCAAAAAGCUAAUGCAAAGACAUUUGAAUAUUUUGCAUUUGUUCAAUUUUUUUUCUUGUAUGGAAAUGUAUCAAUUUAAUUUCAAUCAUUAUAAUGGCUCUUAAUCAACUUUUGGAUGUGCUGAUUAUUUUUGUAAAAUUCAAAUACAUUGAACCCAUACGAAUAAAGUAACAAUUUCAA